AUGAUAGCGAUGAAAACUUUGACCAGGAUAGAAAAAAAGGACCAGGACAGAAUUAAUACCUCUGUUAUGGAUGGCGACAGCCCUACAUAUAUGGAACGGGCAAUGGAACGGGAUAAUAGAAACGGUGGCGACAACGAAAGGAUCGAUAACAGCAUACACCUGUUGCAAGAACUGCUCAACAAGCUAUAUCUCCGAGGUAUGAUGUCCAGUUUUGACCGUCAGCUGCGUCGAUAUAAUUACGGGCAUGCAAUUAUAACGAGCCCUCUGUUCGCGCAGUACAUAGAAUUUGGAAAUGUCCAUCGUUUUGGUAGAAUCGUUGGUGGGAAGAGUAGACCUAUCGUAGCACGUUUCAUAUACAACAAGGAUCGUGAAGGGGUAUUGCGAUGUGCGCGUAGGCUGAAGGGUUCAACUUUUUACAUAAAUGAACAAUUUCCUACGGAAAUCCAGCAGCGUCGCAGGGAACUUGGUCCAACAGUCAGAGACCUGCGGGGCAAAGGCAAAAAUGUGCGGUUAGUGCGGGACAAGCUUAUUGUGGAUGGGAGGCUGUAUGAUGGUCCGAUUAUCAAACAAAGCUCGGUGAAGGAGCGACGAUCGCCAACCUCUGUUGACACCAAUUCAGGCAAUAGUGUUCCUUCGUACAGUGCUGUGACUCGGGUAAACACGUCCGCUACAUCACCUAACGGUGCGCGCGGCCACAACUCGCGCACCGGAAACCCUCAUUCAACGGCGAGUUCCCGCCAUGAUGGUCACUAG